AUGAACUCUUUAAAAAAAAAAAAGCAAAAUAUUCUUUGGGGAAAAAAAUGGAGAAAUCUAAUGCAACAAAAAGCGAUAAAAGAUGAAAUGAACAAGCAACUGAAAGUGUCUCUAGAAAAACAAAAACAGGAAGAAGAGGAAAAAGAAUGCACCUUUAAGCCACAAACAUUAUGGAAUCAAAGUUUUAAAAAAACAAUUUCAUUUGUUGAUGAAUUUUUUGUUAAAUUGAAGCCAUAUAUUGAGCAACAACAAAUGUAUUUAAAUCACCUAAAGGAACUCGAGGUUGAUGAUCAAAUAUUUGCCGAGAAAAUUAAGGAGGAACUAAGAUUGAUGUUGUCAAAAGCAAUCGAUAAAGAAAUAAUGGAAACCAUAAUUGAAGGAUAUAAAGGUAUUAGGACUAGAGGAAUGAAUAAAAUGAAAAGAGAAAAAUUAGAUAUACUAUCAAAAAUGAUAAAACUUGAAAGGGAGUAUAAUUGUUUUAUGGCUAAAGAAAAUGUAGAUAAAAAAGAUUUAGAGGAAUGUGGAUUUGAUUGUGAUUUAGCAGCAAAGCUAAGAAAUGAUAUACUUAAGGAUUCAUUAUGUCCAAAUUCUUUGAGAGAUUUUGCAAAAAUCAGACAAGAAAUUAAUAAAGUAUUAGAAGAAGAAUUACGAAUAAGAGAAAAUGAAAAAGAAUUUGUAGAGGAAGAUGCUCAUUCUAAUGAGCAAAUAUCUUCAUAUGUAGAAAAAAAUGAAAUAUUAUCUGAUAACGAAGAAUUAAAUAAUUCGGUAACAAUUUCAAAUAAUGACAUUGCUGGUCAGGUAGUGGAAAAUCGAAAUACCAUUCAUGAUGAUACAAACAACAUAAAUGGGCAUAAACAAAAUAAUUACAAUUUUAUAAAUGCAAAUACUGAAAUCGGAAUAAAUGACAAGCAAAAUAACAAUACGGUUUAUAUGACUGGUGAAUAUUUUUUAAAUCGAAAAGAAGAAAAAAUAAUUAAUAAUUUGCAAACUGAAUAUAUAAAUGGGUAUAAUAACAUUAACCGUUCAGAAAAUGGACAUAACAAUAUUAACCGUUCAGAAAAUGGACACAACAAUAUUAACCGUUCAGAAAACGGGCAUAACAAUAUUAACCGUUCAGAAAAUGGACACAACAAUAUUAACCGUUCAGAAAACGGGCAUAACAAUAUUAACCGUUCAGAAAAUGAGCAUGCGCAAAUAUAUUAUAAAAACAAUGCACAUAACAUUCCAUACCUAUCCAACAAUAAUCUUAUCAAUAAUGAAAGAAAAGAAAUAAAACGGGAAAAUGGAAAUACCAAUAUUAUGAACAGUUCAGGCAACAUGAAGAUUCAAAAUAAUGAUUGGAAUAAAAAUUCGGGAAUACAUACAAAAAAUGUUUAUCUUAAUGAAAAUUAUAUGAACAUGUUAAAUAUACAAAAUGGGAAUGAAUAUGUUUCCUCUUUGAAAAGAGAUCCAAAUUCAAUGAAUGUUUUUAUAACAAAAAAUAAUGGUAGAAAUAAUAAAAGCCAAAAUUACCUAAACGGUGCAGGUAAUAGUAACUUUGGACAAGCCAAUGAACUAAAAUAUGGAAAUAAAUAUUCAGGAUAUACAAAUGAAAAAGAAAAAUAUGUAAAAACAAAUAGUAACACAAAUCAGUUGCAAAAAAAUAAAUUUAUGAAUAAAAAUUAUAAUCCAGUCUCAUUCAAUUUUAAUCAAUAUACAAAUAAUACCCAAAAUAAAAAUAUGAUAAAAAAUAAACAAAUAUAUAUACCCCAAAAUAUAAAUAAAGAAAAUGAUAUAUUUAUAAAUGAUAGUAAAUUAAAAUAUCCAAAUAGUCUUAAUAAUAAUAAUGUGUAUGCUCAAGAAAAUGCACAAUUUAAAAAUACACGAUAUAUAGACAAAAAUCUGUAUAGUAUUAAAAAUAUUAACAAGUUUUACGAUUUUUAUAAUGAAAAGGUUACUAACAUUAAAGGAGUCAGUACAAACAUUCCAACCUCUGAUAAAAUAAUGUAUGGUCUAGAUACAUAUUAUACAAAUAUGAAUCCAAAAAAUAAAGUAAUGCUGCCCAAUUUGAGUGAAAAUACUAGUUUACCAGGUAAUGGAUAUUUCAGAACAAAUGAAGGGAAUAUUAAAAAACAAACAAUAUUUCCAAACUUUCAUUACAAAAAUAAUUAA